AUGGUGCCUCUGGUCCUGGUUCCUCUGUGGUUCCUCAGUCUGGGUGGAAGCUUCCGGGCCGAGGAGCUGCCCAGGGAGGCCGUGCUGUCCUGGUUCGGAGGUCGGGUUCUGGAGGGUCUCGGGCUGGAGGAGCCUCCCCUGGCCUCGGCGCUGGGCCCGGAAGUGGACCCGGCCCAGCAGGGGGGGCCGAGACCCCUCCACACGAGACCCCCGAGGAGCAGGAGAACCUGGGAGGACCACCGGACCCGUCCCACCCAGGACAAGGCUCAGAUUAUCCUCUUCCCCAGUUCUGACUCGUCAUGUGACCCAGAAUCCAACAGCAGCCACUUCCUGUAUUACUUCCAGCCGUCGCUGAGUGACCAGGAGGCCGUGGUGACCGCCGCCCACUUCUGGUUCUACGCCGGCGAAGGAACCAACAUGUCCGCUCCGCUCUUCAUCCUCACCUCGGCGCCGCAGCUUCUCCAGGCCGCGGCGGCCCCGGCCCAGAGGACGCCGGACGGGUGGACCACCUACGACCUGGAGGGGCCGGCGCUGACCUCUGUGGCUCGGGGUCCCUUCGUCCUCCAGGUCCGCUGUCCGGCCUGCGAGUGCCACGCCCACCAACCGGACAAGACGCCCUUCCUUGACCUGCACGCUCAGCCACGCGCUCGGGUCAGAUCUCGCCGCCACGCGCCGCUCAACGUCCCGUGGUCGCCCUCGGCCAUCGACCUGCUGCAGCGCCCCUCGGUGGAGAGACCGGAGCACAGCGACUGCCAGCGGGCGCACGUGGAGAUCAGCUUCCAGGAGCUGGGCUGGGACAACUGGAUCGUCCAGCCCACCUCGCUGACCUUCUACUACUGCCACGGGAACUGCUCGGCCGGGGAUCGAACCGCCGGCGCGCUGGGCAUCCGGCAGUGCUGCGCCCCGGUGCCGGGCAGCAUGAGGUCGCUGAGGAUCACCACCACGUCCGACGGAGGAUUCUCCUUCAAGUACGAGACGCUGCCCAACAUUAUACCUGAAGAGUGUACUUGUACCUGA